UAACAAUAUAAUUAAAAUGAAGAAGUCAGAGUUGGAAACCAAGGGUAUUACUCAGUUGUCAGUUAAGGUGAGUCCUCCGCACAAGCUAGAUGAUUUCAAGGAAGUUAGAGGCAAACUGUCCUGACUCAUUCAUCAGCACACUCAUGUGAGUGAGACUGAUAACAUGGCGCCUGUCAAUUUAGUGCAAAGUAAUACUGAAGUAAUGCAAUUGUUGGCUGAGUUAAACGAAGGGGCCGUUCAACUCAUCAAAGCUGAAAGCUUUUAGCGAAGCCUUGGAUGCACUAAAGCAGGCCGAAGAAAAGAUUUCAACUCUCGACAACAUCCACCCGGACGAAGAAACCUACAUCAUAACCGUAUUCUACAACAUUGCUUGCUGCCAUCAAAAGCUGGGAGAGCUCCAGAAAUGAAAUGCAUAUUUGAAAUUGACGAUUCAGCUACUCAAAUAAACUAUUUACAAAGCGAUCUGAGAACAAGAAAAGUGCAAAGCGAAAGCUAGCAGAAACUCUGCUGAAACUCAAGUAUAAUGCAAAGUUCCACCUCCAGCUCUGAGCCAUUCUGAGUCAGCUGAAUGAGCAUGAUGCAGCCAUCGAAGACGCCAAGAAAGCCAGCGAGUACUGACAAGAAUCUCUGAAGACCUCCAAUGAUUUGUGAAUUGAAAUCAUGAAGAAGAAGUACUCGACCAGCAAGUAUGACGUUGUCGAACAUGGACACUUAGCAAGGAAAGGCAGCAAAAGCGAGAACAGGUCGAACUCAUUUGAAAGGUCCUAUGACUCAAGGAAGUCCACAAUGAACGAGCUUUACAAAAUGAAGAGCAACAGAACCAACAGGCGUGACCGGUUCAUUAAUAAGAAAGGAGCCAAGAGAAAUUACAAUGGCUACCAAGCCAACUCUUGAACUAAACACAAAAGGAAAGAACUCUCACACAGCAGGAAGUCGAAGAGUGAGAAGAGCAGAAGCAGACACUCUUCGAUUUCAAGCUCGACAAGCCUGGUCAUCAGAGAGAGCAUCGAGAGUGACGUGCUUGACCAGAUCCACUCGUUUAAUUUAAAAAGAGCCUCUAUAAACUCUCAGAAUGAAAGCCAAACUGAGUUCAGUUCUGUCAAUAUUUCCAACCGAAGAAGCAGUUCGACGUCUUCAGCCCAACGAGCAUUCUAUGUUUCAGAGCUUGUGAAGGUGCAAGAUGCAGAACUCGAAAAGUCUAUCGGAGUUUUAGAUGAAGUCCUGGGCCAAAUCAAAGAGUUCAAUAAAAUAAAAUCGAUGAAAAGUGACAAGCGGAGAGAGUAUCUUCAACACCGACUUGGAGAAAAGAAAAGGCUCCGGAUAUCUUUUUCUAGUCAGGAAGAAAUUGAAAGGAUGAAAACAGACAAUCAGUACAAACUCAACGUCAGGAGUGCUCUCGGCAUCAUGAAAACUGAUGAUUGGAUUUUUAACUUGAACAUUGGCAAUGUUAUGCACAUGACACCGAUCGGCUUUGACGACCUUCACUCCAGCCUUAACUUAGAAUCUGUUUCAAAGAGAUGCGAAUAUGAGCUGUCUAAAGACAGCCUGCUUGACAAGAUUGUGUUGCUCACAGUUGCAUACUUCUGAGUGGGUACCGAGCUUAGGUUUCUAUCAAACAGUAACAAAGAUAAGUAUGUCCAAAAAGACUCAGAAAUGUGGCAUGCUAAGGCUCUGCACACAUCAAGUGCUUUUCUUCCUUCUGACUGACCUUUGGUAUCCCAUGUUAUGAGUAGCUAUGUCAAGCAUCAUCUUGGACCGAAACUUGAAGAGCGCAAACUCCAGCAAGAAAGCAUGCUCUCAGUAAGCACCAAUAUUCCGUCUAAAGGGUCCCACAAUCCUGGAGUGUUCUCAUCGAAAGAAGAUGACUCAGAAGUGCCAGAUGAGCGAAACACCGGUGACUCGAACAAAGUCUUGAACUCGUUCAAAGCUCAGAAUAUUCAUCAUUCUGCUUUUGGAAAUCGUACCAACUAUAAAAAGCACAAAGAAACACAGGGAUUGUUUAACCCAUCAGCAGAGAAACCAUCCAAACACUUUGGAAAGCCACGCAACUACAUUACAAACAAGAGCCACAAAGGAACUCCUAAGAAGUUUAUUGACUUCACGACUUACCUUAACAGCAAGAAGAAGCAGACUGCUCCACACAAACUCAGCAAAUCAGCUGGCCAGAAACUUUGAAAGAAGCCCAGCAAGGUCACUCCAAGCAGCAGAAAUGCAACCAAGCCUCAGUGUCCAGUCAGGUCGAAUGAGAAUCUAAGGUGUCCGAAGCCAUCUCAGAAGCUGAACAGGUCUCAGAAAACCAGACACAAAGAAGCCAUGAACAAGAUCCUCAAGAAGUAUGACUUCAGAACCACAAAUGUGGUCAAGUCGAUUGCUUGUAAAUAAAGAGCCGCCCAAGCCCAGUCGAUGCGACAAGAAAGUCAAAAGCAUCAAAAUGAGUUUGCACAAGAAGUCUCAUCAAGAGUUCAAGUCUAAGUACAGAUCUGUCCACAUGGCUGGGAGUUCAUCUGGGUGUAGCAAAGGCGUGAAACUCAAAAGCAAAGACCUGAGCAGAAAGAAAAGCAGUUCGUCGUCUCCAGAUAUAAGGACCACACCGAAUAGCACUUCCAUGGCCAAGAAAUUAAUUCCAAGGAGGCAACUUCCAAAUAAAACAACGGAAGCUAGUAUCAAGUCAAGUGCUCUCGACUCAGGCAGGAGCUCAGUCAUGUCGAGUCUAGCCAAGACUAGCGCCCAGUAUAAGAAAAUCAGCAGCAAGAACUCUCAGUCUUUCAUUGAGUCUCUGACGAAGAAAGCAAACCCACGUAAUAAAGACAACUACAAGACUGGAAAUUCUCGAAAUGCAGAGGCUCGACCUCAUGCUGAUAAGAGCUUGAAAAGCAACCCGAACAGCAGUGUGUUACUGAAGACCCCUAAAGUGUCUGUAACCCACAAGAAGUACAGAAAGAACUUCAAACUAACAAGUAAAGGACAAAUAAAUCCUCGGAAGCAAUACAAGGAAGUACUAUUGUAUUCUAUCUCAAAAGAAUGAGUGGCUAAGAGCAUGAGUGAUAAGUUAUAGCACAAUUUCAAGCACAGUUUUACAAGAAAGAAGAUUUCUAAUUAAU